AUGAGUUCCUCCACGUCUAGUGCUCUCGUGCUAGCAGCAGCAGUACUCCUAGCACUGACCUUAGCCCAGCAUGGCUCCCUCGCCGCAACCGUCGGACCCAGGGUCAUCGUCGUCGGCGCCGGCAUGUCCGGUAAACGUAUAUAUGUCAUACAUAUCAAACAACACGUCUGCCCUGACGACGAUGUUGAUGAGAUGAGGAGGUAUUUUGUUAUAUAUGUGGAUACUUUUUCAGGGAUCUCGGCGGCGAAGAGGCUGUCGGACGCCGGGAUAACCGACCUGCUGAUCCUGGAAGCGACGGACCACAUCGGCGGCCGGAUGCACAAGAAGAACUUCGCCGGCAUUAACGUCGAGGUUGGCGCCAACUGGGUGGAGGGCGUGAACGGCGGCAAGAUGAACCCCAUCUGGCCCAUCGUCAACUCCACGCUCAAGCUCCGGAACUUCCGCUCCGACUUUGAUUACCUCGCCCAGAACGUCUACAAGGAGGACGGUGGCCUCUACGAUGAAGAUUAUGUUCAGAAGAGAAUUGACCGAGCGGAUGGUGUGGAAGAGCUCGGGGAGAAACUCUCAGGCACUUUGCACGCCAGUGGCAGGGACGACAUGUCUAUCCUUGCAAUGCAGCGCCUCAACGAUCACCAGCCGAACGGGCCGGCGACGCCGGUGGACAUGGUGGUAGACUACUACAAGUUCGACUACGAGUUCGCGGAGCCGCCGCGGGUGACCAGCCUGCAGAACGUCGUCCCUCUCUCGACCUUCAGCCACUUCGGCGACGACGUCUACUUCGUCGCCGACCAGCGGGGCUACGAGGCCGUCGUGUACUACCUCGCCGGCCAGUUCCUCAAGACCGACAGGUCUGGAAAAAUCGUCGACCCGCGGCUGCAGCUCAACAAGGUGGUGCGAGAGAUCAGCUAUUCCCCGGGUGGCGUCACCGUGAAGACGGAGGACAACUCGGUGUACAGGGCAGACUAUGUUAUGGUUUCUGCAAGCCUGGGUGUCCUGCAAUCCGCUCUCAUUCAGUUCAAGCCGCAGCUACCUGCAUGGAAGGUUACGGCGAUCUACCAAUUCGACAUGGCCGUGUACACCAAGAUCUUCCUUAAGUUCCCCAAGAAGUUCUGGCCUGAAGGGAAAGGGAGAGAGUUCUUCCUCUACGCGAGCAGCAGGAGAGGUUACUAUGGAGUGUGGCAGGAGUUUGAGAAGCAGUAUCCUGGUGCCAACGUCCUCCUUGUCACCGUGACCGACGAGGAGUCGAGGCGUAUUGAGCAGCAGUCGGACAACCAGACCAAGGCAGAGAUCAUGCAAGUGCUGAGGAAGAUGUUCCCCGGCAAGGACGUCCCGGAUGCCACCGAUAUCCUUGUCCCGAGAUGGUGGUCUGACAGGUUCUACAAGGGCACCUUCUCCAAUUGGCCAAUUGGUGUCAACCGCUACGAAUACGACCAGCUUAGGGCACCGGUUGGAAGGGUAUACUUGACCGGUGAGCAUACCAGCGAGCACUACAAUGGCUAUGUCCAUGGCGCUUAUCUUUCAGGUAUCGACUCUGCUGAAAUUCUCAUCAACUGCGCCCAGAAAAAGAUGUGCAAGUACCAUGUCCAGGGCAAGUAUGACUAG